UACUGAUGAGGAGCUCACAGAAUCCGUUCUCAGGCAAAACGCGAUCGAACCCAAUGUUUGCAACCCGUUCAUCAAACUCAUACCUCAAAUCCCUUCACAUAUUUUUCCCUUCGAAAAUUUUCAGCCCAUGUUGUUUACGUGUAUAGAUAGAUACAUACAACUAUGCUUAAAGCUAUACAAAUUCUUGGUUCUUCCUCUUCUGGGUUCGUUUCGCACCGGUUGAAACCCCAUGGGAAUUGUGCCCUCUCUUUGGUUCCAACCUCUGCCAAACCAUCACCUCUCUCCUGUUGCCCUCCAAGAAGAACCGUAAAGAAUGUUUCUUCGAUGAAGGGCCGUUGUUUCAGAGCAUUUCCUGCGUAUUGUACUCGUUCUGAGUCGAACCCAGAUGUGACUUCACCUUCAUCAUCGCCCACGUUGAAGUCCACGGGGUACAUUCGAAAGAUCAAUUUCUGUCAGUUGUGUGGUGGCCCUACAAAGCAUGAAAUACCGGAUGGGGAAGAGAAGAUGAGAGCUAUUUGCACACUCUGUGGGAAAAUUGCUUAUGAAAACCCGAAAAUGGUUGUGGGUUGCCUCAUUGAACAUGAUAACAAGAUCCUGCUAUGCCAGAGGAAGAUUCAACCAUCUUAUGGUCUUUGGACUCUUCCAGCUGGUUAUAUGGAGAUCGGGGAGUCUGCUGCGGAAGGAGCUAUAAGAGAAACAUGGGAAGAAGCAGGGGCAGAAGUGGAGGUGCUGUCACCUUUUGCACAAUUAGACAUCCCUCGUAUAGGCCAAACUUACAUAAUUUUCUUGGCAAAAUUGAAGAGGCUCCACUUUUCCCCAGGUCCAGAAUCAUCGGAUUGCAGGCUUUUCUCAUUUGAUGAUAUUCCUUUUGAUUCUUUGGCAUUUUCAUCAAUGUUGGUUACCUUAAACUUGUACAUUGCAGAUAGAAAGGUUGGAAGACCAAGGUUCCACUAUGGCACCAUUAAUAAAAGGAAAUAUUCUCUCUUGCUAUUUGAAUGUAGCCGCCAUUCUCAAAGAAUACAGAGUUGAUAUUGGUAGCAGGGAGCUAUUGAAGCAGAAAGUAGUGAUGCGGCUGCCCGAAGUGGCAGUAGCAGCCUGGGUAAGGAUGGCAAUAGGUAGGUUCAUAAGCAUGGCAUGGGGGACACCUGGCAAACCUAUUCCAGCUUCCCUCUGCAAACCCAGCUUCCCUUACCUGAUGCCGGAUGGGGGCUUCCUUCACCCCUGCCCACAUUUCCGUUAAGAGGGGAAUAAUACGGCAAAAAUGUUGGAAUUACACGUGGUGAAAACAUCUGAGAGAAUGUAAGUUCGGUCUUCAUUUCCAAUGUCGUCACGCGUAUAGAAUUCUGGCUUGUUAUGUGGAACGAGAAAAUAAUUAAACUUCUUCAAAAGUUAAAUGUGAACACUUGAUUAGUUGAUUGUAGUCCGGUUGUGCUGAAAUCACGUGUAAGUUUUGCCUUUUGCACCGUUAGAUUUCCAAACUAGGUCAGAGUUGAACAAAAAUAGUUUCGCAUGCUCCGCACAGUGAGUUGCGAAUUCAGUAUUGGGAACCAGUAAUGGAAGAACUGUUGAAAUCCAAUUUAUUUCUCGUUUUUGAGCCAAAUGACUAUUUGGGAUCGAUCAGAGUUCAAUGACCUUUAAUCGUUAUUUGUAUAGAAACACAAUCCACAUUGUCAGAGUUGUGU